AUGGCAGUAAUUCAGAAGUUCAACCCGAACUGGGAAUCACAGUACGAAUACCCGUACGACCCUGGUACAGCUAAUGCGAUGAUCGACCAAGCCGGUUACCCUGCCAACGACGACGGUGUCCGAUUUGAGAUGCCUCUAUUCGUUGGGCCGGAACUCGGCGGCGGCGAAGGGCCAGCGGGCGAGAUCGGUGAUGCAAUCGCAGGUUUCUGGGAAGACGUUGGCAUUCGUGUCAAAGUGCUCAAGUACGCAUAUGGCGUGUUCCGCCCCGGAUUGGUCAGUCGCUCAACGGUGGUUCCGAUGCUGACGUCUUGCGACGACGGAAAAGAAUCGUAUCCGUUCGACUGGCCUAAGGGUCUGGUGCAGACCACGUUGACACGCGGCGGAUUCAGUUGCGGGUUCGAGUCUCCAGAGAUCCUCGAGUGGUACGAAGCGACAGCAUCGGAACCAGACCGUGGGGAACGUGUGCGCAUCAACAAGGAGUACCUGCAGUACUGCCACAUUGGGCGCACGUUCCCCGGUACAGCUAACGACGUUCCGCAGGCGCGUACUUCAUCGAACCCGAAUACACAAAUCGCUUCUAUGGCCACAGCAUCGGGCGGCACAGCUACAACUCGCCCGAGAACCUCGUCCUGA